ACAAAAAGAACAGAAAACAAAAGCAACAUUGUUUCGUUGGUACUAAAAGUACUAAGUUAUUACCAACAGAAACAAAAAUGAGGGGAGUUUCUCUCUGCCUUGUGUUUUCUGUCUCAUUCUUUCUCUUGGGUUUUGUCCAAGCUAGUCCUAAUUACAAGGACGCAUUGGCAAAAUCCAUAUUGUUCUUCCAAGGUCAGAGGUCAGGGAAGCUCCCCACUUCACAAAAAAUUUCUUGGAGGUCUACUUCAGGCCUUUCUGAUGGUUUACUUGCCCAUGUGGAUUUAACUGGAGGCUACUAUGACGCUGGAGAUAAUGUGAAAUUUAAUUUCCCAAUGGCCUUCACUACCACAAUGCUGUCAUGGAGUACUAUUGAGUAUGGCAAAAGAAUGGGCCCUGAACUACAGAAUGCAAGGGUAGCAAUUCGUUGGGCUACAGACUAUCUUCUCAAAUGUGCCACAGCCACUCCUGGCAAGCUCUACGUUGGUGUUGGUGACCCCAAUGUUGAUCACAAGUGCUGGGAGAGGCCAGAGGACAUGGACACUGUCCGUUCUGUCUACUCUGUCUCUGCAAGCAAUCCGGGUUCUGAUGUUGCCGGGGAGACAGCUGCUGCGCUGGCUGCUGCUUCUAUGGUGUUCCGAAAAGCUGAUCCGAAAUACUCAAAGUUGCUGUUAGCUACUGCUAAGAAGGUUAUGCAAUUUGCAUUGCAAUAUCAGGGUGCCUAUAGUGAUUCCCUUGGCCCAGCUGCUUGCCCAUUUUAUUGCUCAUAUUCUGGUUACAAGGACGAGCUAUUGUGGGGGGCAGCUUGGCUAUUCAGGGCAACAAAUCAAGUGUACUAUUACAAUAUGUUGAAAUCUUUGGGAGCUGAUGAUCAGCCUGACCUUUUCAGCUGGGACAACAAGUAUGCUGGUGCUCAUGUACUCUUGUCUAGACGAGCUAUACUCAACAAUGACAAAAAUUUUGAGCAAUACAAAGUAGAAGCUGAAAAUUUCAUGUGCCGGAUUUUACCCAACUCCCCCUUUACAACUACAAAAUACACACAAGGAGGAUUAAUGUACAAGCUACCACAAAGUAAUCUUCAAUAUGUAACAUCCAUAACAUUCUUGCUCACCACUUAUGCCAAGUACAUGAAAGCAACAAGGCAUACUUUCAACUGUGGCAAUCUCUUAGUUACUCCGAAUUCUCUCUUAUAUGUUGCAAAAAGACAGGUGGACUACAUACUAGGGGUGAACCCAAUACAAAUGUCAUACAUGGUGGGAUUUGGGCCACACUUUCCAAAAAGAAUUCACCACAGGGGAUCUUCAUUGCCAUCACUUUCAAGUCACCCACAAGCUAUUGGUUGUGAUGGAGGCUUUCAACCCUUCUUUUAUUCACCAAAUCCUAACCCUAACAUCCUGGUCGGAGCCAUCGUUGGUGGCCCGAAUGAUAGUGAUGGUUUUCCAGAUGAUCGAUCUGAUUAUAGUCAUUCGGAACCUGCUACUUAUAUCAAUGCUGCCAUAGUUGGUCCUUUGGCAUACUUUGCUGGAACCAGUAGGGGCUAAAAUGGGAUUACUUUGCUAGUUACUAUGUACAUAUUUAUCUAUGCUUUGUCCCAAAGAUGGGAUUAUGUCACCCAAUGGUGCACUAGAUUACUUGUUUUAUUACUAUCUUUAACUCUGUAUCCAUAGGAAUUUAGAAUUUCAACUUAUAAAUGUACUGAAUUCUAAUUCUGUUGGAGUUCAGAUUAAAUGUAGAAAAAGGGAGAUGACUACCUCUCAUUGUGUAGUCUAAAGCCUGAAUACAUUUCUUGAAAAUCUAAGUGAGGAUUUUCCUAUUUCUGAUUA